GUCACACAAACACACACUCUCUGUGUCCGUUGGCUGGCAUUGUUGCGAUUCAUUUCCAUUUCCCACAACAAUGGAAGCAUCGCCGCCGCCGUCACCGUCGCCGUCACCACGGACCACCAUCCUGGCCAAGUACCAGCUCACGCGUUUCCUCGGCCGCGGCAACUUCGCUAAGGUCUACCAGGCGCGCUCCCUCCUCGACGGCGCCACGGUAGCCGUGAAGGCCAUCGACAAGUCCAAGACGGUGGACGCCGCCAUGGAGCCCCGCAUCGUGCGUGAGAUCGACGCCAUGCGCCGCCUCCACCACCACCCCAACAUCCUCAAAAUCCACGAGGUCCUCGCCACCAAGACCAAGAUCUACCUCAUCGUCGACUUCGCCGGUGGCGGCGAGCUCUUCUCCAAGCUCACCCGCCGCGGCCGCCUCCCGGAGCCCCUCGCCCGCCGCUACUUCGCGCAGCUCGUCUCCGCUCUCCGCUUCUGCCACCGCCAUGGCGUCGCCCACCGAGACCUCAAGCCACAGAACCUCCUCCUCGACGCCGCCGGCAACCUCAAGGUCUCCGACUUCGGCCUCUCCGCCCUCCCGGAACACCUCCACGACGGUCUCCUCCACACCGCCUGCGGCACGCCGGCCUUCACCGCGCCAGAGAUCCUCCGCCGCGUCGGCUACGACGGCUCAAAAGCCGACGCCUGGUCCUGCGGCGUCAUCCUCUACAACCUCCUCGCCGGCCACCUCCCCUUCGACGACUCCAACAUCCCCGCCAUGUGCCGGCGCAUCUCCCGCCGCGACUACCAGUUCCCGGCAUGGAUCUCGAAAUCCGCACGGAGCCUCAUUUACCAAUUGCUCGACCCAAACCCUAUAACACGAAUUUCGUUAGAAAAAGUUUGCGAUAACAAUAAAUGGUUCAAGAAUAAUUCAAUGGUGGAAGUGAAAGAGAGUGUUUGGGAGUCUGAUUUGUAUAACAAGUGCUGCGACGGUGGUUAUAAAUCGGGGAUGAACGCAUUUGACAUAAUAUCGAUGUCGUCGGGGUUGGAUUUGCGAGGGUUGUUCGAAACGACGUCGGAGAAGGGGAGAAGGAGGGAGAAGAGGUUCACUUCGGAUAAAAAAGUGGAAACAGUGGAAGCGAAGGUGAAGGAAGUUGGAGAGAAAUUAGGGUUUAGGAUUGAGAUAGGGAAGAACGGUGCUAUUGGGUUGGGAAAGGGGAAGGUGGGUGUUGUGGUUGAGGUGUUUGAGAUUGUGGCUGACUUGUUGCUUGUGGCGGUCAAAGUGGUGGAUGGUGGGCUGGAGUUUGAGGAGCUUCAUUGGGAUGAUUGGAGAAUUGGCCUUCAAGAUCUUGUUCUCUCAUGGCAUGAUGUUGGAUUGGAGCUUUAGAGAAUACAGUCUAAGGUUUUGUACAGAUGGUCCUAGUAGUCCUUUAUGUUUAUGUGUUUGGUUCCUUUUGAAUCAGUAAAACAGUUUUAUGUCCUCUUUUUGUUCAUAUUUAUAUUUAUACUAGCCUCUGUGUGUGAGAGAAUGAGAAGGAAGAAGCCAAUUCUUAACUCGUUAAGAAUGAAUAAGAUGUUUCAUAAUGAAAAAAUUAGUAAUUGGUUUGAUGAACAUGAA